AUGGGCCCCACAAUUUACAAAACGCCGGCCAGCAACAAAGCCCCAGCCCGUCGCGCUCACAAAACGCGUCCUGACAACGUCUCCUCCUCCCCCUCCUUUUCACCGCCCAAGAAUGUCGUGCAGCCAGUCCAGAAGACCAUCCAGCGCGAAACCACCGUGGGGAGCACGCCAGCCAACGACUGGAUUUCAGCCAUUGGACUCGACAAAUCGGACCUUCGUCGCGCCUCCAUCUCCUCCUUCCCCCCACCCCACCGCUACCCGAAACCGAGCCAACCGAAGAAUCCCACACCCACCAGAAUCAUGACCUCCAUCAACGGAGUCCCGAUGUACUCCCACGGCACCUCCGCCACCCCUUUGGCCCCGCACAAGAUCCUGCUUCCGAAACUCGACCCCACGCUCCGCUCCGCAGCCCCGGUCUUUUCGCCCUCCUCCUCCCGCUCCGUCGCUCCUCCGGCCCAACAACAACAACCACAACAACAACAUACGCCAGCAGACGACACGUUCCGGACCCCGCCACCCUUCGACCCUAAGAAGUGCCACUGGCGCGCCCUCCGCGAUGUCGCCUUCGUACUCGACGGGCGCGUGGUACUUUCGUCCGAGGACCUCUGCGCGCUGCUCCGCUUCCGGUACGCGCGGACUGAUCCGCUGAUGGCGGGUGUGGAGCUGGGACAUGUGGGGGCUAUGUAUGGUUUUUGUAAAGGUUGGCCGAGGGAGUUGUAUGAGGAGAAGGCGGAGAAUCUGAUUCGGGUGCAGAUGGGGAUGGAUUUGAAGCUUAUGAGGGAAGGGGGGCUGGGGGUCGUGAGUGAGGAUUUUUGA